AUGUAUGAAACUUGCCCAUCACACCUCAAAUAUAUCUGCAAUGAACCAAAGGCGACCCGAGCAUUCCGUGAUAUUAGCAGUCUCCAUGAUUUAGCCUCGGGUGACGACGGUGAUCCGAUCCUCCAACUGAAAAUAGCUUUUCGCUCAUACCCACCCAGUAUCGGUCUCGUUGAGUUCAACGUGUCUCUACCCACAAGUCAUGUGUAUAAAUCACAUUGGGUGCCACGGAUGACCUUAUUGUUAAGGUUUGGAAAGAAAUGA